AUGCAAACUCCUGCAAGCCCCCAGCCCCAGCACCGAAGGGGCUGGGGCUGGGGGCUUGCAGGGGUUUGCACAUGCCCCAGCCCAUGCCUCUGCACCAUGAGGACCAACAUGGAGGCUCCAAGCUCCGUGCUUCUCACCUUCCACGCAAGGCCCAGACAAAGGCACCGCCGCGUCCGCAAACAGCGAGAGGGGGAGCGGUCACAAGGAGCAGGGAGAGCCGUGGAGAGGAGGCCUGCUGCGGAUGACGAUGCCCCGGCGGAGAGAGCCUGCGGAGGCGAAGUGCUCGAUGGCGGAGAAUCGGCGCGUCGCUAA